AAGAUGAUACGUUUGAACGCAAUUUAAGUGAUAUUACAAAUGAAGGGAAUCACAGAGAGAAAAUUAGUCACGGAAGAAACUAUAAUAAGAAGAAAAAGCCCAUAAACAAGUCACAAGGUACAACUAACAAAGAGUAAAAGGACCAAGGACAGAAAAAGGACGAAGGGAUAUAUUGAGGGGAACACAAAUGCUAUCAAAUAGUAUGCGUGCACAGGUGACCUUAGUGUGUCCUCCCGCCCCCAGGUGUCCUUCAGCAACGCGAAGGGCAACGCUCACACGCUGCUGGACGAGGAGACGAAGGGCAUGGUGCUGCGGAGGGGGGCGCCGAGCCAGGGGGACGACACCUACGCCAGGGAGGUGGACUUCUUCAGCGGCGCCGACAACCCAAUCCUGGCGUCUCGCAAGUACUCGGCCACGUACCGCUGCGCCCUCGACCUCACCUUCUACCCCUUCGACACCCAGGCUUGCAAUUUCAUGUUCGUGCUGACCUCGGCGCGGCGGGAGAGGCUGAAGCUGGAGCAAGAGGGCGAGGGGGUCAACUACACAGCCUCGACGCAGCUCCUCGAGUACAGCAUCGUGGAAGUCACCGCGAUGCUCACCAACCACUCCCGGCACAGCGCCCUCAAGGUGACGGUUCGCUUCCGCCGCCGCUACGGGUUCGCUAUCCUGACGGUGUACACGCCCUCCUGCUUCUUUGUCAUCAUCGCCUACCUCACCACCUUCUACCCGCUCUCCAAUCUACAGGUGCGCGUGGUGAUUGCCCUGACCGCCAUGCUGGUACUCACGACACUGCUUAACCAGGUGUCCGCCAACUUGCCGCGGAACUCCUACUUCAAGGCGCUCGAUAUCUGGAUGUUCGGAGCUAUCGGCCUCAUCUUCUCCAUCCUCAUCCUGCAGACCAUGGCGGAUGUGAUGCAGCGGCGAGAGGCGGAGGCUGGGGCUGCGAAGGUGUCGCCGGAGGAGGGGACGAAGACCUUGCUGACCGGGGGCCUAAUGCACGUGAGGCCCCGCUGGUGCCUGUACGCGCGGCCCUUCAUGACGGCGCAGCAGCUGAUGCGCGUCAUGCAAGUGGGCUACCCCGCGGUGACCCUGGCGCUGGUGGUGGCUUACGUGGCCUACCUGCUGACGUCCCUCUACUGA